AUGGCAGCCACAGGCCCCCAACCGCUAAGUCACGACCGGCAAAGAGCUACAGCACAGAGAGGUUUACCUCAGUGCGGCAAUUGCUCUCGCAUACGUCAUGAGCUGAAAAGAUGUGAUGGUCCGGUUAAUGUGUUCGGUGUUAUCGAUGGAUGUCCAAUGUGCAACACAACGGACCACAUUCUUUUUGAGUGUGCCCAGAACUGGAGAUCCGAUGCUAACCAACGCCACUUACUGAUUCUCGGUCGAGAUCAGAAAGCUAUGGUAUCAUGGCCAUCUGACUUAAAUGAACAUCCAGUUUGGAAGGCCCUAUCCGCCGACACCAGACCAAAGAUCUGGUCACCAUCUUUCGCACUGCAAUACCAAUUGGAAAAUCCACAUUAUUGGAGAGACUGUAUUUACGCAGGAACAUGGCAAGAAGAUCCACCAAUUGCAGAAGACCCAGCUUGUGGAAAUCCUUCUCUUGUGAAUCAUCUUAAAGAUGGAUCCGAGAGAGGAUUGAUCCGCAAUGCAAGCGGUUCCGGUCGUCGACUACAAUCACAACUUCCUCCGCCACUGGCACAAUAUUUUCCUCCUCCGAUGAUGCCGCAAUUUCCAUCCUUUCCUCCGCCAAGAACAGCGCCCACCUCAUCACCUGAUACAAUUACUCUCGCAGGACUUGAGGGUCUUACCAAAUUCGCCCAGAAUUCGAUGGAAAUUGCUCCCGCUGGUGGUAAUAAUGGUCGUGGUAGGAAGAAAUUCGCCAACAAGGCUGCAUCCAACGCCAGAGCCACAGAUCGAAGUCAAGGCCCUACAGCGCAGACUGAGAUUGAGACUUACCGCGAGAGAUCGCCUCUGCCCACAUCCGGUGUCAAAUUGGCAGAUCGCAUGACUUAUCCUAAACCCGAUUCUCGUUGGGUGAAGACUAAUAAUGACGGCGAUUUCUCCGAUAAUGACGUGGAACUUUCGGAACCCAAAGAUGUGGUCACUGACAUUGAUGAAGCUCCGGAAGACGCAGCAUCGGCAGCAAAAGCGGCUAAGAAAGCGAUUUGCAAUCUUAAGAGUCGUGCGAGAGCAAAAGCCAGGCGCCAUGCACCCAAAGCCAAAGAAGGCGCUGAUGCCGCCGCCGCCAAACAAGCCAUCGUCAAGCAAGACAUUGAAGCCGAGGCAGUCAGAGAGGUCAGCUUGAGCGCAGGAAGAAUGUGA